GCUUCAGAUCACUCCCAGUCGAGAUCACUGGGGACUGUCUGAAGUCGGAUCCAGAAGCCACAUCUAGGACUCUUGUCGGGAUGCAAAUCAGGAGACUCACGAUGGUGUUUGGCUUCUUCGUAUUGUCUGUUGGGUUGUUCCUGGACAUGGGAGUGUGCACUGCAGUGCAAUCAGAGAUGAGAAUCACAACAAUAAAGCAAGAACCAUAUGCGAUGUCCAAAGGCACACAACUGGAAGGCUUUUGCAUGGACCUGCUGUCUGAAGUAGCCAAGAAACUGGGUUUCAAAUACAAAGUGCAGCUGGUGAAGGAUGCUUCAUACGGCAGACAGGAUGAGAACGGGAACUGGAAUGGGAUGAUUGGAGAGGUGGUGAGAGGGGAGGCCGACCUCGCUAUUGCUCCUCUGACUCUCACUGCAACUCGGGAGAAAGCUGUGGGGAUGACCAAACCGUUCAUGCAGACAGGAAUCAGCAUCCUGCUGAGGAAAGACACCUCAGAGGGAACAGGCCUCUUUGAUUUCCUGUCUCCAUUUACAGCCGAGACCUGGGUCGGCAUACUCAUCGCCUACCUAGGGACCGCUGCUUGCAUCUUUGUAGUUGCCAGACUCAGCCCAUGUGAGUGGAGUCAGCCUCAAAGUGAGAAGAACAGAUUCAGCCUCCUCCACAGCCUGUGGUACACAGCUGGAGCUCUGACUCUACAAGGUGCUGGCCCCCACCCAAAAGCUCUUUCAGGACGUGUCAUCUGCUGCAGCUGGUGGUUAUUCACCAUCGUCCUCCUAGCUUGUUAUUUCUCCAACCUCAGCUCCUCUAAGACGUCUGAGUCCACUCACCUGACAGUGAAAGGGUUUGAAGACUUGGCCAAUCAGGACACGAUCGAGUAUGGCUGUUUGGCUGGCUCCUCCACCCUUGCCUUCUUCAAGAAUUCAAACAAUCCGGUGUACCGCAGAAUCUAUGAACACAUGGAGAGAGCUAAGAGUUUUGUGUCAUCUAUGGACGAAGGGGUCCGGCGUACGAAAGAUGGAAACUUUGCCUUUAUUGGAGAGUCCGUUUCUUUGGACUUGGCAGAAGCACGUCAUUGUGAGCUGGUCAGAGCACAUGAAGUCGUUGGGAUGAGGGGAUACAGCAUUGCUGCCACUCUUGGCUCACCCAUCAUAAAGAACCUCAGCGUGGCAAUCCUACAGCUGAGCGAGGCCGGGGAGUUGGCUUACCUGCGAAGCAAGUGGUGGGCCAGCAGCUGCAUAGAAGACAAGGCAAAGUCUUCAGCUGUGCAGCCGCACAGCCUCAAGGGAAUAUUUCUGGUUCUGUCCCUGGGCCUGGGGCUGGGAGCACUGCUGGCUGUCCUGGAGCUCACCUCCAAGAGCCGCAGAAUUGCAGCUGAGCAGAGGAAAUCCUGCUGCGCUGUGCUGACUGAAGAACUGAGCCUACGCUUGAGGACCAGAAAUGCAAACAAACCUCAAGAAAAUGUAGACAUAGAUAAAGAAAAAGCAUAGAAACGUCCUACUGACAUGUCGUUUAACAAGUCUGAAAACAUUAACUUUUAGUUUAUUUUGGUUUCAUAGCUGACCAUUUUCUUUAAUAUUUAACAGAAACAUUAACUCAAUUGUAGGUUAUGAACUUUCUUACUUGUAGAGAUCGAUCAGAUACAUAUUCAGUAAGAAUAAAAAAAAACUCACAUUUUAUUAAAAUGAUUAAAAUGAUCAAUUUAUUGAUCAAGUACGAAUGCUACAAUUUCAAUGAAAAAGCAAACAUAGUUUAGAUAUUAUAAAAACAAAAUUGUAAAAUGAUCAAUGUUUACAGUUUGACUAACAAAUAGUACUCAUAUACUUAGUUUACUCUUACUUGAUUUUCAUGCUAUUUUGUACAGUUGGCAAUGGCAUCACAUCAUUUUCACAACGAUUUGUAAUCAAAAACUAUUUCAUGAAUAAAAACUGUGUUAAUUGUAAUCAUUACAGCAGGCCUAAAACAAU